CAAGUAAUACGGCAUAAAGAACCCACAGGCAUCUGGGCUUUCCCACUUCAGUAGCAAAUAGGGGGAAUUAUGGGUUGGUGGUCUGCUUCCCAUUAGGAGGACACCCCUCCAUCUGUUUUCAGUACAGCCUGUUUCCAAUUUAAAACAUAGAUUUCAAUACAAAUCUCAAUUUCUUUUCUCCAUUUUAUAUGCAAAGUGAGGCUUAUGAAUCAGUGUCAUUGCCAUAAGGGCACAGACCAAAUUUCUCCCCAAAAUUCACAGGCUUUUCAUUUGAAUACCUGCUUACAGUGGUAUACAAUGGGCAGCUUUGAGAAGAAAAAUUGAUAAUCUUCACGGAAGAGUAAUUUGAAUGAAAUUACACUUGACAGCCUGUCUCCAAGCAAACAAGGAGAGUGAGAGCGCCUUAGCUAAGCUCUGAGGACUUGCCUAAGCCUCUGCCGUUGGAGCUUCCCAGGGAAAAAAAAAUCCACAGUUUUUCCUACAUCUGACUGAAGCUUUUGAUUAAUUCUCUGUAGCUGUUUCUAGUGAAGAAAGAUAGCCAUGGAAGAGAAUAUGGAAGAGGGACAAACACAGAAAGGGUGCUUUGAGUGUUGCAUCAAAUGCCUGGGAGGUAUUCCCUAUGCAUCUUUGAUUGCCACCAUCCUGCUGUAUGCUGGAGUUGCGCUGUUCUGUGGUUGCGGACAUGAAGCACUUUCAGGAACUGUCAACAUUCUGCAAACCUACUUUGAGAUGACAAGAGCUGCAGGAGAUGUUAUUGAUGUCUUUACCAUGAUUGACAUCUUCAAAUAUGUGAUAUAUGGUGUAGCAGCUGCAUUCUUUGUAUAUGGCAUUUUGCUGAUGGUGGAGGGAUUCUUUACAACUGGUGCCAUCAAGGAUCUCUAUGGGGACUUCAAAAUCACCACUUGCGGCAGAUGUGUCAGUGCCUGGUUUAUUAUGCUGACAUACAUCUUUAUGUUGGCCUGGCUUGGCGUUACAGCCUUCACUUCUCUGCCUGUUUACAUGUACUUCAAUCUGUGGACCAUUUGCCGAAAUGCCACCAUAGUGGAUGGAGCUAAUCUCUGCUUGGAUCUUCGCCAGUAUGGUAUUGUAACUAUUGGAGAAGAAAAGAAGGUUUGCACUUCAUCAGAAAGCUUCAUCAAGAUGUGUGACUCUAAUGAGCUUAACAUGACAUUCCACUUAUUCAUUGUGGCACUCGCUGGAGCUGGAGCAGCAGUCAUCGCUAUGGUCCAUUAUCUCAUGGUCUUGUCUGCCAACUGGGCCUAUGUGAAAGAUGCAUGCAGAAUGCAGAAAUAUGAAGAUAUCAAAUCAAAGGAGGAACAGGAGCUUCAUGAUAUUCAUUCUACUCGCUCUAAAGAGCGGCUCAAUGCUUACACAUAAAAGAAACCCUGUCUUACUUUCUAACAUGUGAAUGCUUUGUUGUUUAACUAAAGGCUAUCCAACCAUUUUAAAAACAAUUGGAAGUGCUUCUCACAAAAGAUAGUUUGGGUGACUUACAUAUCACCCCUGUACAAUUCUUGGUUGUCUAGCACUUGGUUUCUUAAUUAGUUCUUACUCUGUGUGACCAUUCUCUACCACAAAGCUUCUAAAUAGCCUUUCCUGAAUUCUUUUAAUCUAAUUAGUUCUGCUAGAUCAAAGAUACUAAACUAUUGUCAAAUACAAAUAUGUGUUUGAUUUUUUUAAUCACUUUGUAUGUGUUAUGCAUAACACUUUUUGCAUUGUUUCUUAUAUGUUUUUGGAGGAAAAAAAAGUAGCUUUUUAUACUUUUUAGUUUUGAGUUCAAUAACUACUUUAACUACAGGUAUACUUCAAAGGGACCAUUGUACAUGAUGUACAAUACAUAGAGAAAACAUUCAGAUGACUUUCCUUUAUAUUUGGAAAACUUGCCAGAUGGACCCUGAUCAAUGUGAGUGAAGGUCCUAAGAAAGUUUUAAACAAUCAAAGGUGCAAUUUCUAAAUUUGUAAUAGUGGGUAAAAAAAAAAUAAAAAAGGGAGAAAAAAAAAAGAAAAAAGAUUAAAAAAAAAACAGAAAAAAAGAAAAAAGUGCUUCUUAUCUUUGUUAACAUUGUAUUAUUCUUGAUGUUUUUAAAGAAUAUUCUCUUGUUCCAAGUUCAAUGGGUGAUAAUUCCUGUUUGUAUUGUGAGCAUGCAGACCGUGGUGCUAACAAUGCAUGGCCACUUGCCUUUUGAAGGAAUUUAAUACCACGGCUACCUGUUAAAGAGUUAUGGUAUAUAGACAAUUGUUAAUUAAGUGAUAUAGUUAUCCAUAGUUUUUUACAGAAUGAUCUCUCUUUAAUUCAAUGAUGACUAUGCUAAAUUGGAGCUGUUCAUGUGAUAAUGUAAGAAAUUACUGCUUAGCUACAUUUAUGAAAGUUAUAUGUCAAAACCACAGUGACCGUAGGAUCAGAUGUCUUUUUACCUGCUUAAAAAAUUUACAUGGAUUGCACCUGUCUGAGCUGUAUGAGACACAUUAAAGGAGACUUCCAUAAAUGUUAUAGCUUGGCUUAUAGCUUUCCUACACAUACUGGUUUACCUGUAUUACGUUAAAGUAAGGUGAGAAACCACUACAGAGUUUAUUAUUUGAAAGUGUAGUAAUAUAUUUGAACAUUUAUUUUGAUAGGAAAAUGUUAUCAGAAAGAUAGAUCAUCUUAAUUUGAAAUACUUACCUGUAUCAAAAACAAAACAAAAAACCCUAUUUAAGAAAAGUCAGUAUUAUUGGACCAAAUUUGGUGGAGGUUUUUGUUUGUUUGUUUUAUUUUGCCUUUUUUUUUUUCCUUUUGCCUAUUUCUAAUGCUACAAGAAUGCUGUAAAAUGUCUUUUAAAGUGAUGUAGCCUGACAAGACAUUUUUGUCAGUGUUAAAAAUCUUAGGUAGUUUUGUGCACUUAUUGGACCAUUGUGAAUUCUCUCAGUGUAAGUGCAUUUCUAAUAAAACUUCUUGAGUAAAACUCUUCUUUGUACUAUUACUAGUCAUGCAUCAUCAGUAAUUUUUAACAAUUCUUGUAGUAAGUAGAGGGUAAUAACUAUAGUUACUUGUGGCAUGAUAAUGCAUUGAGUAGUAUUAGUUGAUUGGCUUUUAUUUCUUUUUCUUUUCUUUUGCCUGUUUUGGGGGUUUUUGGUUGUGUUUUUGAUUUGAGGUUUUGGACUGGUUUUCUUUCUUUUUUUUUUACACUUAGGCUGUCCUAUAGGGUCAACAGUUUUCUGAUCAUGUGCAGUACCGGUAUUACAGUUCUGCAAAAAGUAUUAGGAACCUCUUUUGGAUUCUAUAUUGUAGUGUUUCAGUUUUGUGUCUUAAAACGUUUGUGCUGAUUUUUAAAACUAUGUCUUUUAAACUCCUGUAAUGAUGUUAAUGCUUUUGGCUCUUCUCUGGUAUUAGAGUUUGUAUUUUCACAAAGAAUGCUUUGUAGCAGGCAUUACAAUUAAUCUGUUUUGUACAUAAAUGUGCCAACAGCUUGAUGGUGGCGUUUUUGAAAUGUAGAACAAAGUGCUUGCAAAAAUGUAAUAAACACACUUGUGUACUUUGUGUACUUAUUAAUAAGUGUUUGUGUAGCGUAGUUUUUUUUCCUUUGCCUACACUAGACAAAUCAUUGUAAUCGGAAAUGGAAGAA